AUGGUUCCAACCCUUUUGGUGGAUGGGGCUUUUAAUGAAGCAGUCAAGGGAGCCGCUUACAAUCUUCACAUUGCUUCUCCCAUCGUCCUGAAAGGAAAUGUUAAACCAACUGAUAAUAACAUAGCACUCAUCGAGCCUGCUGUUGCUGGUUCAGUUGCAAUGGGUUCUCCUACCAUCAAACAUGUUGUUAUCACCUCUUCUAUUGUCACAAUGGUUCCUUAG